GAGACUGGCCGCGCGUGGGCCUCGCGAAGCAGACGCCGUCGGGCGGACAACAAAGAGAGAGGGCCCCGGAAGGAGCCGGGCUGCCCCCGGACCGGGGGGUGGGGAGGGGAGCACAUUGUUCGGAAGGGCGGGGCUCUUAAAGGGUCCAGGCAGCGCCCCCCCGCCCCCCUGCUCAGCUUGGCCGUCCUAGAUCGGGAACAAAGGAGUCAACUUGUGGCCGGGAGGCCGAAGGGUUGUGAGGCCCCGGCCCAGCUGCUCCACCCCCUUGCCCCCCUGAUGCAACCAUGGGCUCUGGCAGCGACUAGGUGGCCACGCUCUGUCCCGGUGGGCCAGCGGCGAUUCUCUGCAGGACCCAGUAGCACUCCGGGUCAGCUCUGGGGAAGCCCCAGCCACGAGGGCCUCCUGGCCAGCGCACCUGCCCAGGAUGAGCGCUUACCCUCCCAGCAGCCGCUGCCCCGACCACCACACCUCCCUGUAGAGGAGCACCGAGCCUCGGCUCCUGCCGGCGGGAGCCCCCGAAUGCUGCACCCAGCUACUCAGCAGAGCCCGUUCAUGGUUGAUCUCCAUGAGCAGGUGCACCAGGGACCCGUCCCUCUAUCCUACACAGUCACCACAGUGACGACCCAAGGCUUCCCCUUGCCUACAGGCCAACACAUCCCUGGCUGCAGUGCCCAGCAGCUCCCAGCAUGCUCCGUGAUGUUCAGUGGGCAGCACUACCCCCUCUGCUGCCUCCCACCCCCGCUGAUCCAGGCAUGCACCAUGCAGCAGCUCCCUGUGCCCUAUCAGGCCUACCCCCACCUCAUCUCCAGUGACCACUACAUCCUGCACCCCCCACCGCCAGCUCCACCCCCCCAGCCUACCCACAUGGCGCCUCUUGGGCAGUUUGUAUCGCUGCAGACCCAGCACCCACGUAUGCCCCUACAGCGGCUUGACAAUGACGUGGACCUGCGGGGGGACCAGCACCCUCUGGGUAGUUUCACCUAUUCCUCCUCUGCUCCUGGCCCAACCCUGUCCACCUCAGUGCCCCUGCACUACUUGCCCCACGAUCCUCUGCACCAGGAGCUGUCUUUCGGUGUGCCAUAUUCGCACAUGAUGCCGCGGAGACUGAGCACCCAGAGAUACCGCCUGCAACAACCGCUGCCCCCCCCNNCCCCCCCACCCCCUCCACCACCUUAUUACCCCAGCUUCCUGCCCUACUUCCUCUCGAUGCUGCCAAUGUCACCAACAGCGAUGGGGCCCACCAUCAGCCUGGAUCUGGAUGUGGAUGACGUAGAGAUGGAGAACUAUGAGGCCCUUCUGAACCUGGCCGAGCGGCUGGGAGAUGCCAAGCCCCGAGGCCUCACCAAAGCAGACAUAGAGCAGCUCCCAUCAUACCGCUUUAACCCGGACAGCCAUCAGUCAGAGCAGACACUGUGUGUGGUCUGCUUCAGUGAUUUUGAGGCGCGCCAGCUGCUCCGAGUCCUCCCCUGCAACCAUGAGUUCCACACCAAGUGUGUUGACAAGUGGUUGAAGGCCAACCGGACGUGUCCCAUUUGCCGGGCCGACGCCUCGGAAGUGCCCAGGGAGACUGAGUGAGGCCCCACAGCUGCCCAGGAGAACCCUGCUCGAAGCUCUGGAAACUUGAGGGGGGACCUGGGGAGGGAGUAGCCCAGGCCUGCCUGGUUGUUCCCACCUGCAUUUUCAGAGCUGGUGCCAGGGUUGGCCCUGUGAGAAGCCCUUGCAAUAAGCCCCUGCAUUUGCCAAGCUCCAAAGACUCCUUCCCUGAUCUGCCUGCCUGUCCGCCUGCCGUGGAGCUGCCUGAGUGUCCCUAACUCGGUCUCCCGCCUGUUGGCCCUUGGUUCCUUCUCCGUUUUCCUGCUGGCACUGGGAGCCAGGGGUCCCUUCCCCCAGUGUGGCUGGUAGAGGUCCUUGGCCCCAGCAUGGGCAAAGGAGGCACCAUCCUGGGUCAUCUGGUCUCUUGCACUGAAAUGGUGUGUCCUCUGUCCAAGUGGUGCGUGGACAGAUGGUGGCAUGAAGCCAUUUCCUGAGUUCUAGGGCUGAGUACUUCCACCUUGACCCCACACAGCCUCAGCCAGCCAGCUCUGCCUAGUCUGUUGUGAGGGGUGGGUCUGGCUCCCUAGAGGACCCUCACUCCAGGCACAACAUUCCAGCCCCACAGGCUGGAGGGCAUCCUAGGCAGGCCUCUUGAGCAAAUGGGAGACAGGCCUCAAGCUGGGGCACCUGUAUCCUGAGGGGGCCUGAGCUGUGCUGGGGAGAGUGAGCCCCUGUAUUCCUGGUGGCGACCGUUCCACAAGUGACAGGGCCAGACCCAUGCCCAGUUUCCCCUCUCUGUUGUUUUGCAUGAAUGUGAGGAGCAGCAGUUUUUGUUUAUUCAUUUGGCCCAAAGUCACGUGUAGGAUUUGGGGGUAUGGAUAUUUAAGAGAAUUUAUUUUCUUUUAUUUUAAUGGGGGUUAUAGGGACCAACCAGGACUGAGUGCCCAGGGGGCAGAGAAGUGCCCAGUGGGGCCGCCUGGUCUGCAUGCAUGUGUGCGGCUGGGGCUGGGCUGGGCAGCUGGCGGUCAUGGGGCAGGGUUGGGGGUCUGUGCUCAGCUGAUAACUGCCAUGCACUGUACUGCACAUGUCCCUAGAGCCUACUGGGACCGUAAGCUUUUCAGGGCAUUUCUCCCUCUCCAGUCAGGGAGCGUCUCCCACCUGCCUGGUGAGUUUCCUCCAAGGAAGUCCCAGGAGGACAGGGUCGGUGGUGGGGGGGUGCCUCCCAGCCUGACCACUGCCCUCCAGGGUCUGGAGGAGGCCCCUGUAGGGUCUGGCUGAGUCCCUACCUUCUCUCCUCCCAUUCCUUUCCUUUCCAAACCCCAGCUGGGGUUGCUACCCUGAACGAACCGCGUGUGGGGCCGGCACAUCCUAGCAGGCAGCCCCUGGCGCCUGCUGCCUCAGGGAUGCUCCAACCACCCUCGUUCUCCCCGCAGCAGCCCUGGCUUCCCACCUCCCCCUCUCCUUGCCCCCCAAGUCUGCCAUGGGGCCCGUCAGCCUGGUCCCACCCCCAUGGAGAACCCAAAGUCUUACUGUAUAUAACUCCAGGUGACAUUUCUAUAUUUAUAGCAGUGUUGAAAACCCAUGUGUUUUACACAGAGAACCACCCUCUCCACCCCUCUUCCCUUCCCCACCCCAACAAAAGGUUUUCAAAACCCUAAGGUUCCUGGGGCAGGCAGAAACAGGCUCAUGGAUUCUGUGUUGGCUGUAGCAAUGAUUCCAAUAAGCAGCUAUGGGGGGAGAGGGAAACACAACAUUAAAAAAUAAAAUCAUCAUUAAAAAAAGAUUUAUGAAACGAUUACUUUAGGAUGUUUGUGAUUUGCCGACCUUGCUAUAGAUGCCAUGUUACCAAUGAUUUCCUGUGGUGGGGGCUUGUCAUUGUUUACUCUUUUAUUUACCAACUUCUGGCCUAGGCAUGACAGUGGGCACCUUCCCCCAGCCCUGGCUGGGCCCAACGCCUGUGUUCUGUGUUAGAAAGGUCAUACACACACAUAUAUGUAUAUAUAUAUAUAUAUAUCAUAUAUAUAUAUAUAUAUAUAUAAUUACAUAUAUAUAUAAAUAUAUGUAAUUUGGGGGCCCUGUUCCUUGCACAUUUUACAGUUACCUCAUUUUUCCCAUGUAUGUAUUUGAGAAAAUGCUAAUAUAUAGAGAGAAAAAAAUGGUUCUUAAAGCUUAAAUGUGUGGUUUUUUCCAUUCCAUUGGAUUCACAUUGGUUUGUAGCAUUUAACAUAACUAGUAUGUUGUAUUAUAUAUAUGUGUAUACUGAUUGAAAUUUUUAACAGAUUUGUACUUUUUUUAAAAUGAAAGUUGCUAGUUCUGCUUGACCAAGUAGUGCAAUCAUUAUUUUUUUUAAUAUUGUUGCUGAUUUCAGAGGGAUAUUCACUAAUAAAUGUAUGAUGUAUACCAAGUA